AUGACGCAGAGGGGAAUGAAGAAAGCACCCUUCCUCCGGCUUUUGGUUCGAUUCAAGGAGGUAAAUCUGAUUCAUUCAAACAAAUUCAUUAGGAAAAAGAAAGAAACAAACAAAAAUAAAGGCAAACAACCAAGAACAAAUCUCAUGAUUCACAUAUGUAAGAGAAGCAAAUUGUUGGACCUACGAGAAAAUGCGAGGAUCUAUAGGAAGAAAGACGCCGCAUGUCCAGAGGUCCAGAGGUAUGAUCUCGCAUCUCUUCGCAAACCAAAGCCAAGGAUCCGCACAACGGCGACCUGGGCUUCAGAUCUUUCAAAACGCGAAGAGUGCCAAGCAAAGAACAUCACGAAGGAAACCAAUAGUAGAAACGAGUACAAGACUUCACUAUAUGCUAUGCCAGGACGUAUAAGUUUCAAAUCUACAGUUCUUGAGCACGAGGACAUGAUGUGGAUAAUGUUUGAUGCUAUUAGUGUGACUAAUGAGACAUCCUAUGUUCCUGGAAGUGGUCGUGAUGAUGGAGAGGGUGAGGAUCAUGAGGCCGGUUAUGGUGAUGGUGAUAGUGAGAGAGUCGAAGGGAGAGGUGAAUCAGCACCUAACCCCCAACCUCCUGCUACUCUGGCAUUGAUGGAAACAACCACGGUUGCUGGAGGUGGAGGUGCUGCAAAUGUUGUCAUUACCGAGGAAGAGACUGGAGUAGAUGGAACUUGCAGUGUGGGAGUUGAGCCUUCUACAAAGAGACAAAAGAAGACUACCUCAAAGGUUUGGGAUUUUUACACCACGCUCACAGUGACACACAAGAGAGAUGAUGGAACGACAGAGGUACAAGUUUGGGCGAAAUGCAAGAAGUUCAGUUACAAAACUCGUGGUGAGUCCAAUAAGGGAACAACAGUCCUUUGGAAUCAUGUGAAUGCAAAGCACGAUGUAAAGAAAGGGCAGCAACAACUUAAAGUUGAAAAGAGUGAAGGUAAAGAUGUCAUUGAAACUUAUAAAUAUGAUCCUGAAGUUAGCCUGAAAAAGUUCUAUCAAGCAAUUGUCAUGCAUGAAUAUCCCUUUGUGAUGGCUGAGCAUGAGUUCUUUGUUGAUUUCAUCAAGUCUUUGCGCCCUAACUUUUCAUUCAAGAGUCGUAUAACCACUAGGAAAGAGAUAUUGGAGAUGCAUUUAGCUCAAAAGAAGAAGUUAUUUGACCAACUUAAAACUAUAUCUUGUCGGUUUUCUGCAACUAUGGAUAUGUGGACUUCUAAUCAAAACAAAGGCUAUAUGUGCAUCACAAUUCAUUGGAUUGAUGAUAACUGGCAAAUGCAAAAACGGAUAAUUUGCCUUCCUUUUGUUAAAGGGCAACAUAAAGGGAUUGUACUGGCAAGUGAAUUUAUCAAGGGAAUCAUGUCUUGGAACCUAGAAAAGAGGUUAUUUGGACUCACUCUAGACAAUGCUUCGAACAAUAAUAAAUGUGUGAUAUCAGUUGUGAAGGAGCUUAAUAAACUUGCUAAGCUGCAGAAGUAUCCUCCUUUGAUAUGUGGUGGUAUUUUCUUCCAUGUAAGGUGUUUAUGUCACAUAUUAAAUUCGAUUGCUCAAAAUGGAUUGACAGUGAUUGGAUCCGCAGUUAAAAAUAUUAGAGCUAUCAUUGUUAUUCUGAAGAACUCUCCGUUGCAGUGGGAGGAAUUUGAAAAGUGUGCUGAUUUUUUUAAUUUGAAUAAUAAAUCUGGUCUUACAUUGGAUGUUCCUACAAGAUGGAAUUCAACAUAUGAGAUGUUGAGUCAUGCUAUUUAUUAUAGGAAUGCUUUUGACAGGCUAGUGUAUUUACAUAAGGAUAAAUAUAAGCAUUGUGCUCCUUCAGAUGAUGAAUGGGAGAUCGCUGCAUCUUUUUGCAAGUGUUUGAAGUUAUUUAAUGAUGCUACGGUGUUGUUUUCUGGAACUCAAUAUCCAACAACAAACAUGUUUUGGUGGAAAUUCUAUGACAUAAAGUUAGCAAUUACAGAGUGGUGUGCAAGUGCUGAUAUACUUAUUGCUUCUAUGGCUCAGGCCAUGCAAGAGAAAUAUGACAAGUAUUGGAAAAAGUCCAACAUUGCCCUUGCUGUGGCAUGUUUCCUCGAUCCUAGGUACAAGAAAAGGCUGAUAGAAUAUUUCUUACAAAGGAUUUACAAAGACAGGGCUCCUGCUGAACUUAGUCUGAUCAUGGAUGUUGUGAAACGAUUGUUCGAAGCCUACUUGUCUAGUAUACCGAGUCAAAUAUCGAAGGCUAGUGCACAAUCUGAACCAAUUGUAGCUCCAGCUCACACAUCUGAGGAAAAUGCUGAUAUUGAAGAAUUUUUGUAUGAGGACGAAGUGAAUCGUAGUGAGGUAAGUGAGUUGGAUGUAUACAUGGCAGAGAAACCAUUUCGGUGGGUUGAUCCUAGUGGUAGUGGUGCUGCAUUUGACAUACUGUCAUGGUGGAAAACUAACCAAGCGAAAUAUCCUAUUCUCUCACGACUUGCUCGUGAUGUGUUGGCUGUCCAAGUGUCUACUAUUGCUUCAGAAUCAGCUUUCAAUUGUAGUGGAAGUAUUGUUAAUAAAUUCCGCACUCGCCUUGAUCCUGAGAUGGUCGAGGCACUAGUUUGUUCAAAAGAUUGGGGCCUUGCAUCUAAGAAAGAUCGCAACUAUAAGAUAGCAUCAAUUCUCGAAGACUUUUGUGAUACUGUCAGCACUCUAGCAGAUGAGGCUGAGACUGAGAACCAGGCUACUGAAGAAGGCAGUGGCGACGCCGAGGACCAUGAGGACAGCGACUUGGAUGACAUGGACGCUUUUCAAAUGUCAAGGCUUUGGGAACACUAUACUAUGUACAUGGAGAGACACCAAAAAGACGGUGUCAUAGAGGAACAGCGUUGGGCGAAAUGCAAUAGGUACAAUUACAAGGCUCGUGCUGAACCUUGGCGUGGAACUAUGCAUUUUUGGCACCACUUGAGAAGAAGGCACCACUACAACCAUGAGCUAGGCCAAUUUCAGGAUCCUCAGAUCGGCGAAGGUGCCGCCAAUGCAAAUGCUGAUAUGGGUGAAGUUCUCAAUGCAAAUGACCCAUGA